GGGCAGUGGGCGGCUUUUCGAAGGUUUCCGAUGAGUGCCCGCGCCCGGGGCCUGCGGCUGCUGGUCCUCUGCGUCGAAGCGCUGGCGGCGUGGCAUACCGAUGGCAGGCCCCUGGAUAACGCGCUGGCCCAGAGGGGGCGACGCCCAUGCGGUGCAUGUUCCGGAAGGCGAAGCGCUUCAGCGGUUCCGUGGUUUCGUGGAACACCUGCGGCGGAACGGGGUGCGGGUUUCUGGCGAUGAGGAGGAGCAGCGGCGCCCGGGCGAACUCCUGGGCGAGAUCCGCGCGCACCUGGGCCAGCCCGCCGCCGCCCGCCCUUCGCACGGAGGGGCAAUUCGGGAAGAGUGCGAAGGGCGGCGCAUAGGGGCGCCGCCCGUGUUUCUUUCCCGCCCCGGCGCAGUCGGGGCCCUUUUGUGGGGCUUCAGAAUAUGGCGGGCCGGGGCGGUUGUUUUUAUUUCAUAG